GCCAAAGCCUGGAGAAGUGGAAUCUCGCCGGCGCCGCUGCCUGCGCGGGACUCGCGGAGCGGCACUGGGCAUGCUCAGUCGCCGGAGCCCGUCCUGGUCUCAAGUAGGAAGCUCGUGCGCUGCACCCGCAGCCGAUCCGGGCGCUCCCGGGAAGGCGAGACAGAGCAGAGCCGCCGGGCGCCGGUGCCGGGGCGAGCGCGGCGCGCACCGCCGGUCGGAGCUGCUGUGGGUGAGCUGCUGUGGUCCGUGGCCAAGCAUGCUGCUGUGGCCGGAUCUGGCCAGCCGUGGAACAGAAACAUUUGCUGGAUGGAAAAUCCAUAAAAGAAAGCUCCUGUGAAAGCCGGAGACAGACGCUAACUAAGUCAAAUCAGUGCCAUAAGUAAAGGAUUAUUAGACCACAGCUCUGCUGAUUCAUGUAUGUAUUGUAUCUGGCUGCCACCAUGCUGUGACAGCAGGGCUGAGGACAUGUGACUGAGAUUCUGUGGCCUGCAAAGUAUAUUUGUGCUGCUUGACCUCACUGAGUGAUUGCUAUUAAUUAACAAGACUUUGUGGGAAAAGGGGAUUUGCCUUCUGAGCUCUGUACCAAAGACCUGGGAAAAAACAAACCAUCUCCAUCUUUCCUGAGUGCUUGGAAACCGCCAAGGGCCCUGCUAAUGUCUUGACCGGUCACUAUGGGCAGACGGUACCCGGAGGCUCCCUGUCACCCAGGCAGCUCAUAUUUCAAAUUGUAACCUAGUUCCUGCACCACAGCUGGAGUCCCGUGACCCAUGUCAGAAGUACUUCCAGCUGACUCAGGUGUAGACACUGUGGCUGUGUUUAUGGCCAGCAGCGGAGCCACGGACAUCACGAAUCGCAACAGCCCGGCCACACCACCAAAUACCCUUCAUCUCCGUUCCUCCCACAAUGAACUGUUGAAUGCCGAGAUAAAACACACCGAAACCAAGAACAGCACGCCCCCCAAAUGCAGGAAAAAAUAUGCACUAACUAAUAUCCAGGUGGCGAUGGGCCUCUCCGAUCCAGCCGCACAGCCCCUGCUGGGAAAUGGCUCCGCCAACAUCAAGCUGGUGAAAAAUGGGGAGAACCAGCUCCGAAAGGCUGCAGAACAAGGACAGCAGGACCCCAACAAAAACGUCAGCCCCACUGCAGUCAUCAACAUAACUUCUGAGAAGUUAGAGGGCAAAGAGCCCCACCCGCGUGAUUCCUCAGGCUGUGAAAUUUUACCCUCGCAAUCCAGGAGAACCAAGAGCUUCCUAAAUUACUAUGCAGACCUGGAAACGUCAACCAGAGACCUAGAGCAGAGCGUGGGCAAUCAGCACGGGGCUGUGGAAGAGAAGUCGCAGCCGGGCGAGGGCCCGGCCUCCACCAUCAUUGGGAACGGCGAGGCACUGCCGCAGAAACCAAACAAGGCCCAGUUCAGCCCUGAAGAUGGUCCGGCGGCCACAGUGUCCUCCAGCCCAGAGACCAAGAAGGAUCAUCCGAAAACGGGGGCCAAGACCGAUUGUGCCCUACACCGGAUCCAGAACCUGGCACCGAGUGAUGAGGAGUCCAGCUGGACAACACUGUCCCAGGACAGCGCCUCCCCCAGUUCCCCGGAUGAAACAGCAGAUAUAUGGAGUGAUCACUCCUUUCAGACUGAUCCAGAUUUGCCGCCCGGCUGGAAGAGAAUCAACGACAUUGCUGGGACCUACUAUUGGCACAUACCAACAGGGACGACUCAGUGGGAACGCCCCAUCUCCAUCCCAGCCGAUCGUCAUGGUUCUAGGAAAGGGUCACUUAGUUCUGUAACGUCAUCUCCCACCCCAGAGCACGAGAAACAGCCAUGGAGUGAUUUUGCUGUUCUGAAUGGGGGAAAGAUUAAUAGUGACAUUUGGAAGGAUUUGCACGCGGCCACAGUUAACCCGGACCCCAGUUUAAAAGAGUUUGAAGGAGCAACACUCCGCUAUGCAUCUUUGAAACUCAGACAUGCCCCCCAUGCUGAGGAGGAUGAUUCUUGCAGCAUCAAUAGCGACCCAGAAGCCAAGUGUUUCGCGGUGCGCUCCCUGGGAUGGGUGGAAAUGGCAGAGGAGGACCUCGCUCCCGGCAAAAGUAGCAUCGCCGUCAACAACUGCAUCAGGCAGCUUUCUUACUGCAAAAACGACAUCCGGGACACAGUCGGCAUCUGGGGAGAGGGGAAAGACAUGUACCUGAUCCUGGAGAACGACACGCUCAGCCUGGUGGACCCCAUGGACCGCUCCGUGCUCCACUCUCAGCCCAUCGCCAGCAUCCGCGUGUGGGGCGUGGGCCGGGACAACGGCCGAGAGAGAGAUUUUGCUUACGUAGCAAGAGACAAAGAUACAAGAAUUUUGAAAUGUCAUGUAUUUCGAUGUGACACACCAGCAAAAGCCAUCGCCACGAGUCUCCACGAAAUCUGUUCCAAGAUUAUGGCCGAACGGAAGAAUGCCAAAGCCCUGGCCUGCAGUUCCUUACAGGAAAGAGCCAAUGUGAACCUCGAUGUGCCCUUGCAAGUAGAUUUCCCAACACCAAAGACUGAGCUGGUGCAGAAGUUCCACGUGCAGUACUUGGGCAUGUUACCCGUAGACAAGCCGGUCGGAAUGGAUACCCUGAACAAUGCCAUAGAAAAUCUUAUGACCUCAUCCAACAAGGAGGAUUGGCCAUCGGUGAACAUGAAUGUGGCUGAUGCUACCGUGACUGUCAUCAGUGAAAAGAGUGAAGAGGACGUCCUGGUGGAGUGCCGCGUGCGAUUCCUGUCCUUCAUGGGCGUCGGAAAGGACGUGCAUACGUUUGCCUUCAUCAUGGACACCGGGAACCAGCGCUUCGAGUGCCACGUGUUCUGGUGCGAGCCAAACGCAGGAAACGUGUCAGAGGCGGUGCAGGCCGCCUGCAUGCUACGGUAUCAGAAGUGCUUGGUAGCCAGGCCGCCUUCCCAGAAAGUUCGACCACCUCCUCCGCCAGCAGACUCAGUGACCAGAAGAGUCACAACCAAUGUAAAACGGGGGGUCUUAUCCCUCAUUGACACUUUGAAACAGAAACGCCCUGUCACAGAGACACCAUAGCUGCAUAUGUUAAAGGAUUCUGGAAUAUGUACCUGAAAGGUUGAAGAGCUACACUAAAGAAGAUGAACCGAUACCUGGCCUUCCAGUCAGUUGCCGAUGCUUUGUCUUCAGAGAAUUUACCCUUAACCAAACAGUGUUAGACAAGCAUGUUCUUUCGUCUUGCCACCAUCAUGUGAUAUGAAAAGAAGCAUGACUAAUUUUUUUUGCUAUCAGUCAGAUACAUCGCGAGCAGUGGAAGGUCUUUUUCUUACUGUAAAUACCGUGAACUUUACUUCACAGACACAGAGAAGAAUGUGGCCACACACCCCCCUGGUGAGCUAAUUCUGGGUCCUUGGAGCGAACGACGCCCGAGUUAGUUCAUGGUCUUCUUGACUGGAUCUGUCACGAGCAGUGUUUAAGUCCUACAGCACUUUGCCCUGUUUCGGACAUUGGAGUAGCCGCUGCGUACCAGAUACCAUUGAAUUGCUGUAAAAAUAGGAUGAUGAGUUUUUGUUCUGGUCUUUCACAAAAUUGAACCUUUUGGUUGACAACAUCGGCUGUUGGCAUCAGUACAGAAACUAACUGGCAGCUUUCCUUGACGAGCUCUUUGACACACGGACACCAUUUCAUGUCUACAGCUGUUUGCGGGAUAUUGGGGGAAAAGCAAAACUUCAGAAUUGAAAAACAAACCAAAUUGGGGAGAUUAAAAUCGAACAAAAAGUAGCCUUUCUUUCUAGAUGGUUUUUAGACCGAUUAUUUAAAAAAAAAAAAGGUGAAAGAAAAUCAUAAUGCAUUUCUGGUGGGACAUAUUUCAAACUUCUGCCUUAUAUUGUACAAUGCAGCUAGAGAAUUAUAGUUCACUACAGCCAUUCUCUACAUAAACAACAGUAAAACGAAAUAUUCCUCAUACGCCUUUCACCCUUAGUUUGAUAAUUAGCCAAUAUGCAAUUUGGAGUUGAGGAAAUGUCAUUUAUAUUUGGGAUCUCCACCACCACGUUAUUAUGUUUGGUUAUCCUAGCGAGACGGUCUGCUAGGACUCUGUAUCCUGCUCAGUCUUACCCUCAUGCUUUUUGCCCAGAAAGCCGUCUGUCCAUCAUGUAUUGUCCAUGGCAACAAAGUACAUUAAAUUGAACCUUUCUGAAUUUCUGUAUUUAAUAUUAGAAUUUGUUGAACUUUACUAGAUCUAUUUUUAAAUUUAUAUUUUUUUCAAGAGUUAGAAAUUUCAUAUCAGAGCUAAAAAUACAUAGCAACAAUGGACUGCUUGAGUUUCCCCAAAAUAGCAUUUUCCGGCUUCUCUUUUCUCACCUAUAAAGAUGCAUAGAUUUAGACUCUUGUUGACAUUGUUGUCUUAAAAGGAAGUUGCUAAGGAGACCAAUCUAAAAAUUAGUCUUAUUUACUUUUUAAUGUCAAAAUUAACGUUUUUAAAUAUCCAGUUAUAAAAAGUAACACUUUGUUUAUCCACCGUGAUGUAUUUGUUAAAACGGUUUCCACAGUCUUAUCCCAUUUGAGCCUUAGGAGGUAGAGAAAGGUACUAAACACAUUUGAGAAAUAAAAAUGUAUAUAUAAAGUACGAAGAGGCUCAGUCACGUAGCCUAAGAUCCCUCAGAAGUUUGUGCGAGAGCAGGGACGAGAACCCGCGCUUCCCCGCUCUGUUGUAAGUCAUGCUGCUCCUGCAUCAGUGAGGAGAGUUCUCUCCACAACUACUCUGGGCUUAUCCAGUCCCUGUCAGGAAACCUUAGAAUUCCCUGUAGAAGGAAGGGAGUACAUCCAAGUUCCUCAUACAGCGGUCUUAAUCAUAAAACCGUCAUCCUCUCAGUCCGGGCCUCUCUCCCUUCAGUGUGCCUCAAUCAUGUUGUAGAGAACAGGAUCCUACACGCCAUACAGCCUGUUCAACUUCCGAGAUUUUCCUGAGGUGGUGUUACUUGUGGUAGAGAUAGUCCUAACCAGCGGUACUUAGCCACCGGAGAACAUGAUGGCGUCGGAGGCCUCCUGCCUCUGUUCCCUCAGAAUUCUGGAACUGCUCGCUAGCGCUGUAGUGUUAUGAC